AUGAGCACCCAGACGGUACCCACACUCCAGGACUUGGCGAUACAGAGAGUGCUGAGCUAUGAGGCCUUGCCCAUCCCCAAUCUGGAGAUCCUGAACAGGGUGCUCAUUCUACAGUUGUACAAGGAGGCGCUAAUGGGGGGUCACGUGGAGAUGGUAAUGAAGAUGGUGCUUUCCUGCCCCUUGGCCUGUCUUCCUAUGGGGUACCUGAAGAAGACUCGAAAUACAAAGGCCUUGAUAACCAUGUUGAAUGGACUGGAUAGGCUGUUUGAAGAGCUGAUUCCUCUCAGCCAGUGGAAACUGCAAGCACUGGAUUUUCGGGAUGAGAAUCAGGAAUCUCCGUUCUUGGCAUCCAGAGCCCCACCAGGCGCCUGCUUGCAAGAAGCGGGGUGCCCAAAGAACAGAAGAAAACGCCGCCAAAGGAGAGGAAACCAGCGCUUGAAGGUGUUCAUAGAUCUCCAGAUGGAGGAAGCCAUGCUAUCGGAAUUCGUUCACACACUCACGUCGUGGGUGCUGGGGAGGAAGUUCUCAGUCCGCAUGUACUGCGAGAAGCUGACGGUCCGCUAUUCCGUCUACUACAAACUCAUGAAUGCUCUGCCAUUAGACUAUGUCCAGGAGCUGGUGGUGGACAGCCGCUGGCGUCGGGACCAACUUGAGAGGUUAUUUUUUUACCUGCACAAGAUGAGGAACCUCCGCGUGUUCCGAUUCUCCAACAUGAGUCCAAGCGCCCUUACCUGCCGCUCCCUAAAUAGGUGGUUUUCCCAUAAAUAUAGUCUGCAGCUGAGAAAGAUGGACAAGCUCCGAGAAUUCUGUGUGAACGAUGUCUUCUUCCUCCAGGGAACGCUUCAUAAGAUCCUCCUGAGCCAGACCCCUUUAGAGAAGCUCUCGCUGACACACAGUCCGCUGAAAGAGUCCGAUUUAAAGCACUUGGCUGUGUGUCCGAGCACUGACCAACUGAAGCACUUGGAACUCUGCUCUUUUUCAUUGAAAGAGAUGAGUCCAGAGCCCCUCCGGGAUCUGCUACAGAAGGUGGCAAACACCCUGGAAACCCUGCACUUGGAGUAUUGUAAGAUCACAGACUCCCAGCUGAAUGCCAUCUUGCCAGCCCUGGGUCACUGUUCCCAGCUCAGAACCUUCCACUUCUGUGGAAACGACAUCUCCCUCUGUGCCCUAAAGAGCCUGCUGUGCCACACAGCCAGACUGACACAGCUGACAGAAGGGGAGUACCCUGCCCCUGAGGAGCUCCGAGAAUCGUUGAACCCAAGGGAAGCCAAAUCUGAGAAACUGGACAUGGUUCGGAGAGAGGUGACGCAGUUGGUAAAGGACAUCAGACCUGCCCACGACGUCAGGAUUCGUUAUUCUUUCUCUGAGGUCCUCUUUUCUGUGCCUUCCACCUAA